UUCCAGGUCACUUUGUCAUUCAAUCAAACAAUCAGUCAUCUGUAAAUGGGAACAUUUACGUUGAAAUAUUUUUUCAAGAAAGCUAUUUGGGAGAAGAAAACGUUAUGGGCAUCAGUAGCUGUAAUGGCGUAUCUCGGUCACUGCUUCGAUAAACAAGGUAUGUAUAAAGCAAGUAUGAUGAAAGGACGAAGCAAAAUGUUUGCCGAUCGAAUUGCUGAAAUACCGGAGGGUGAAGAUAUCUGGAAGUACUAGUUAUUGUUUGUCUGUAGUUUCGGUACCAUAUGUGUGCGUUGUAGGAUUUGUCGAAACCAUUUGAUGGAACUGUUCAUUCUUCCAUUUUGACUUUAUAGUUGGCAUCGGAUAAUCUUGAAUAUUUGAGAUAGCAAAAGCAUUAAAACCAUUCUCCAGUACCAUCCAUACGUUUUAUAUAUGUUUCAUGUUUCUAUCGUUGGUUUAAGCGGCAAAUGCAUUGAAUGUACUGCUUUGAUUAUUGUGACCAUCAGUGGUAACAAUGGGUUUGCAAAGACAGCGACGAUACACAAUAGGAACCCUCACUACUCCCUCUUAAGACAGGUGUAAG